CCUUUGCCUCAGCAACGCGCAAAUUCACUUCUCGGUACGCGACCGCCAUUAUGGACAAGUUUUCUGACUAUAUGCGGAAAUCUGGCUCCUUCUCGAGUACGAUGGGCCGCAGAGGCGACGUCUCUUUGCCGAUGCAUACCGAUACGAAGCCAAGGACACCAUUUCAGUUAAGAGCAUUGCUAGGUCACUGCCUCUACCGCCGGGUAGUUAUAUGGAUUGUCUUGAUUGUGGUACUCCUAACAUCACUUAUUUUCAAACCGCGCUGGACAACACAAUCACGCAAUGUCUUGGAUAUCGUUCACGGGAGCAAGGUCCUUGUAAAAGAACCCAUCGUUACCGCUGAAACCGUCGUGCUACAGAGCCAAGAUAGCACGGUCAUAGAUUUUCCAGUCCAGGAAACGAUAUAUGACGUCCAACUUGAGGAAGUUGAAGUCGAGAUGGUCAAUGUUGAGACGGCGGAUGUCGAUAAAAACACCCCAAACGAUGCUCCAGACAAAGAAAUCAACGACAUACCCAACGAUAAUGCUGAGACCAUCAUUAACAGCCCUAUUGACAGCGCCCACAAACCUAUUUCGGAGAGCAUGCCGGAGGAUAAAUCUGAGGAUAUAGUUCAGAACGUCCUUGAGAACUCCUCUGAGGAUAUUCCUGACGGUAUUGUCAAUGAGGAGCCUCCUAUCAACCUCGAAAACGAGGAGGACGAUACCAGGGAGGAAGAGGAAAAUGCAGACUGGCCUAAGUGGCUCAAGUAUAAGCACCUCGAUGGUUAUUAUAGAGGAUUGAGGGCGCUAGUGCAGCCUUCGGAGUAUACCCCCGAAUAUCCCAAACCAUUAAUACCAAAUCCCUCAGAGCCAGCUUCAACGCCCCAUCAUAUCGAGGUCCCCAAACCGACCGUAUUCCGACCCCACCCGGACUACGACUCUGACGCAUGGCGAAAGACAUAUGUUCCUGUCAACCCCUGCUAUGUCGACGCGAACAAGGAAGUACCAGCUCCCGAUCUCUACGCUUACCCUGGUCUCGUUCAGGGGCAACCUAAACCAGCUAUAGGGUCCCAUGAAGCACUUGGAUUGCAGAGCGAUGUUUGCUUUGACAGGUUUGGUCGUUAUGGCCCUUACGGUUUAGGGUAUAGCUUGGACCGCGGAGGAGUUAGCGAAUAUCUAGACACAGAGAAUGAGGGGAGUGAAGCCGUUUGGGAGACAUCAGGUCAAAUCAACUGGAACGAUGUGAACUGGGCCCAAGCACAGGCCCAAUGUUUUGAAUCCAACCGCGAUCGCUUCUUCACUGGCAACGAGACACGAGAUGCAGAGCUGGCGUUGACAGGGCGCAAAAAGUUGAACCGCACGGCUAUCGUUGUGCGAACAUACGUUGGUUUCCAAUGGACUGCCCACGCAAUUUUGAACUUUCGCGCCAUGAUCUCGGAGCUGAACCUCAAGUCAGGCGGCGAGUAUGACGUACAUUUUCUCUUACACGUCCGCGAUAAUGACGCUCCCAUUUGGGCCGAUAUAGAAACAGCUCGAGAAAUCAUCGAGACCAACGUCCCAACAGAAUUCCAUGGGCUAUGUACUUUAUGGUCAGAAGCGCAGAUGAAGCUAUUUUAUCCCGGCGACUUUGGUGACACCUACGAAAACCCAUCCAAUGGAGAUAUCCAUGGCGUCUAUCGGUCCGCUCACAUGCCGCUACAGCAUUUUGCAGUAAUCCAUCCAGAGUAUGAGCAUUUUUGGAAUUGGGAAAUGGAUAUGCGGUGGACCGGCUCCUACUAUGAGCUGUUCGAUCGUCUGGGUAAAUGGGGUGCCAACCAGACUAGAGUCGGUGCAUGGGAGCGGUCAGCCAAAUACUACAUCCCUGGACUACACGGCACAUGGGAAAAUUUCUCGCAGCUUGUCAACACCGAAAUCCAGGCGUCGAACAAGAAGCCAUUACUGGGGCCUGUUACCUACACGGGGAAGAUUGCUCUCAACCAGGGCCCAAAUUUCAUGCCAGCUAGCUGCGCAAGCGGGUCAGAUAUGUCUCAAUGCGGUGUCGGAGAGGAGGCUGAUCUCAUUACCUUGAAUCCCCUCUUUGACGUUGAGGAAUCCGGCUGGGUGUUCGCCUCUGACGUUACCGGCUAUGAGACUGCACUACCCAAACCUCCACGAAGGUGUUCCAUCGUCACAGCCUCUCGUCUUUCCCGACGUCUCCUCUCGGUCAUGCACGAAGAAACAUGGCGCCUGCAUCAUAGCAUGUUCAGCGAGAUGUUCCCGCCUACCAUGGCUUUCCACCAUGGUUUGAAGGCUGUUUUUGCCCCCCACCCCAUGUUUCUAGACCGGGAUUGGCCUUUGGCGGAGAUUGAUGUGGCUUUCAAUGGUGGUGAAGGCCAUAAUUCUGGUGGGCGUGGCUCUCCAUUUGAUCUCAACAAUGAACAUAACCACAAAGGCACAAGUUGGUAUUACAACAGCGAGUUUGCGGGUUUGCUGUGGAGGCGCUGGCUCGGCUACGCCCAGAUGGACGGGCGAGGCGAUAAUGGUGGCCGAGCAGGUGAGGGCACCAUGCGCGGCGGGCGAGAGCAAGAGCAGGACCCCGCCAGUACUGGACGAUUAUGUCUUCGAAGCAUGCUUGUGCACCCGAUUAAGUGGGAAGACCCGGCUGAGAGAGAGGAUUAAGCAUACCUAGGACUUCUGUGCACCACAAAACGUAUAGAAGGCAUGAAUUCAUAUAGGAGGUUCGAAUUGGCAACGGUUAUAGAAUCGGGAUAAAGGUAGACGAACUUCAGGUUCACACGCAACACAACACCACCCCAUCAUCAUCAUCAUCAUCGACAUGGUCCCUAUCAUUUCCGAAUCAGAUACCGCAGGCCUAGCACAUAAGGCUGCAUUCAUCCGAAGGCGUUCGGCUUUUGUCAUUUGUUUCGCGUUUUGGUUUUUCCCAUUUCACAUUUGGGUUUUAACUGGUCUGGUGUACGGGACUCUUCUGCUUUGUAUUUUUUUGCAUCCUGCCACGGGAUGGUGGGCUUGGUUGGUUUUGCAAAGCGCGGCCAAAAAAACAUUAUAUCCUAAUCGCAAAUGGGGUACUCGAGCAAUUGGCCUAGGUUAGGUAUACAGCCAAUUCUCGGCACGAUUGAGGAGGACGGGACACUUAAUUGCCAAAACGGUAUAGGCAAGGACGGACAGCCAUGUGUGGAUC